UGGCUCCAACAACCAAUUCUAUGAGGAGAUGAGGUCGGCUGAUGAAUCACUCUAUACUUCUUCACAAUAUUUUCGAGGGGCGGAUUUGCGACCUUUGGUGAAUGCCUGAGCGAGCUUCCAAGCAAUCUGGGCCAUCAUGACCACGUCUCCGAUAGAUGGUGUAAAUGGCAUCGUUAAGGCUGAUUCAAAUGCGCAUUUGACACAUACGAUCGUACGAGACUUGAGUCAAAGAGCAAAGUAUCUAUCUAAUAAGAGAAUAAAUUAGGAGUCCUAUCUAUCAUGAAAAAGUGGUAGAUCCUCCAACAAGGUUGACUCCGAGGCAGUGUUUAAGGCGUUCUUGAUGGCUUAUUUGCAUUCGUGGCAGGGUUGCACUGCAGCCUGGAGGAUUCAGUUAAUCUAGGCGUCAUGUUGUCUCUCAUUAACCCCUCGAAGAUUAAAUACAUAACUGACUGACACUUCAAUGUCUUCCUUUACAUUCAUCUAAUUGUCGCCCUUAUUAACGAUUCUAGUACCCAGGCACAAUUAUUUGCAAUUCAAUCCGUUGAUCAUGACCGUCUUCUCUGCAGGUAUCGUUUGGGAUCCACGGGAGCCCCUCCCAGCCGACAUAGAGAGGCAAUCCCAUGUGGACGGAUCGUAUCAUAGUUACACGCUGUCCGAGAAACAAACUGUCAAGGAACUCCCGGAUAAUAUUCUCAAAGAGCCCACAAGAAAUCUAUUAUCGCCCCUGUCUGUUUCGAUCAACGGCCGUAUUGUGGAUGACGCGGCCCGAGUAACAGUAUCGCAGGUUUUCUGGAACAAUGCUGAUAUCCCUAUACCCAGAGCGUCCUAUGUAUUCCCCUUGCCCAAUGGAUGUACAGUCACAAGCUUCAGCUGUCGAAUUGGCCGGGAUAAAACCAUAAGAGCCAAGGUUAAACCCAAGGCUGAAGCUCGAGAGGCCUUCCGGAAAGCGGUUGCGGCGCAGCGAACUGCUGCUUUGCUAGAGCAGAAUACCCCUGAACUUUUCACAGCCUCUUUAGGAAAUAUUCCUGUGGACACGAGACUCGAAGCUGAGCUCACAUACGUUACUCUAUUGAAACGACAAUUCUCACAGGAGAAGAACGUUACAGAGUUCUCCAUACCAACAGCUAUUGCGAGUAGAUAUGGAAGUGCUCCUUCAGAUAUCCGUGGAAAUCUCUCCGGAGAAGCACCAAGCUCAUUCACCCUCCAACUUGAGAUCAUGGAGUCCAAGAAAAUCAUCCAAAUCAAAAGCGACACCCAUAAAGUUCUACUAGAUCACGGCCUCGACAAAUGCAAAGCCUCGAAUUGGGUAGAUCUCUCGAGGAAGAAUCAGGGGUCCCGCAUAGAUGCCGCCGUGGUUAAGUUAGACUCUAAUCUGGGAUUUUUACACGAAGACUUCAUUCUUACCAUCGAAACAAAUUGCCCUAGCACGGUGGAUCAUGCUCACGCCUGGCUUGAGUCGCACCCAUCCCUUGAAAAUCAAAAGGCUAUGAUGAUCACCAUCCCCUCUUCGCUCAUGUUGGAGAGCAAGGAAACGCCUAAGACAGGAGAGGUCAUCUUCUUAGUUGAUAGAUCCGGUUCCAUGGAAGACAAAAUUGAGGCGGUGAAAUCUUCCCUCCAGUUUUUCCUCAAGGGGAUCCCCGUUGGCCGGAAAUUCAAUAUCUGGUCCUUUGGAUCAACCUACAAAAAGCUCUGGGAUAAAUCACGAACUUACAGUUCGGAGUCUCUGCAGCUAGCGCUUGAUUAUGUGAAAGAGCUAAAGUCAGAUAUGGGAGGUACCGAGUUACUACCUGCUCUCACUGCAAUGAUUGCCAGCAGAGAUAAAUCUUGCCCUUGCGACAUGAUCGUAUUAACAGAUGGAGAAGUAUGGAGACUCGACCAAACCUUGAGGCUUAUCCAGGAUACCAGAACCGAUUCGCGGGGAGCGGUGCGAUUCUUUUCACUAGGAAUCGGUGCCCAUGUCUCACAUGCGCUGGUACAAGGAAUCGCAUCUCGGGGCGGGGGUUAUUCUGAAGUUAUCCCUAAAGCGAGUACAGGUGGUUGGGAAGACCGCGUUGUUGCUAUGCUAAAAGCGGCCCUCACAACCCAUGUUAACACUCUAGGAGUCAAGCUCAACGGAAAGGACAGUUAUGACCAAUUUUUAGCAUCGCCAGCUAUGUUUGGGGAUCUCAAUCCCUUCCAAGGAAACAGGGUAUAUUUACUCUCUAAACCGGACUCGCCAUUAGACAAGUUGAGAAGCGUUGUCAUUGAAACAAUCAAGUCUAACGGCGACCGAGAAUCUACUACCAUCCCAGUGACGACACUGACGCAACCCGAUACGAUAAUUCAUAAUCUUGGUGUACAAGCUAUCGUGGACGAGGUAGGACAUCCCGGAAAACAGGUCCUCUCAUCAACUCAAGCAACCGAACUUGCUUGCCGGUUCUCGCUUGCGUCUAAGUGGACGAGCUUCUUCCUUGAACAGGAAACCCCCAAACCCGAAGGUAACGGCAAAGGCAUCAUAGUACAUGAUGAUUUCAACGGCCUAGAUGAUCUACUUCAACCUCGGGGCACCAUACGAGAUACAAUAUCGGAGUCUGUUGGUCAAAUUAAACGAUACCCGGCACACGUUAGUACCAGGGCUUCGAACACUGCGAAUUUCGAUGCUGAGUUCAGCUCAGCAUCAAUAUACGAUCCUUUGACCGAGGACAGCUCUCCACGCGCACGAAUAAAGAGUGGGAGGUCCCGUCCCGCCGCUUAUCGAUUAUCUUCGAGAGUCGAAGCAGCAGAAAACCACGAAAUUUUCGGUGAGCCCAUGCAUGCUAGAAAGCAGGCAAAAAAAGCGAGAAUGGCGAUGGCGCCAGUAUUCGGUUGGAAGUCGCUGAUACUGUUGAUAGAUAGCCUGCCGGCGAAGGCGAGGAAAGUGGCUUCUAACGCCAAGGGUACACUCCAGGCCAGGUUGACAAGCAUCAAAAAUGCGGAGAUUCCUACGGAUCCAGCGACGCCAGUAGUUCCAGAGUCCAACUUAGACGCGAGCAAAGUCAACAACAAGACGGCGGGUCUCCACAGGGAAUUUGUGGCGAAACUUCUCUCGUACCAAAACUUCAACGGGAGUUUUAAUACCGACACGAAGUCUCUUCUAGGUCCGUCGUUGGCUAAAACUGCCGAGGAAAUAGAAAACCAUGUGAUGAAAAGCGGUACUGUUGGUGCUUCUGUGGCGGCAGGCCUCCUUACUUACACAGUCAUCGUCCUCCUCCUCCUCGAACGAGAUCUGCAAGACUGCAAAGACCUCUGGGACCUCAUGGCAACGAAAGCUACCCAUUACAUCUCUAACUUGGUGUCUGAGGACUCUAAGAGAAAUGAAUUCUAUGACCUCGCAAAGGGACAACUGGCUGGCAAAAGGUUUCCAAUAAAAGAUGAGAAUGCGAGUCUCACUGAUAAAGCACCAGCAGCUAUCAAAGAUCUUGAUAGUCAACAUCCAGAGCGAACUGUGGUGAAGGUUGCUCCGAUAGAGUAAAGGUUAUGAAUACCUGAUCGUAUGGAUGGGACUAGGAUGGUUGGAAAGGCGUUCAAUCAACAUGUGAUUUCUUGACAGUAUCCGACCGCUAUAGUCGGAAUUUCCACUCCUUAUUCAUGAAUUCCUGGCAUGCACAAUCGCUCACCUAAAAGUGAGUUGUGGA